CCCAUUUGUGGUCCAGGCUGGUCAUGAAGGGCCUUGGGCCCUGCUGGAACCUGCUGCUUUAGAGCUGGGCCUACUCUUGGGGGAGGGGUGUUUGGUGGUUGCCAAGCGCAAAGGUUCCAGCUUCUGGUAGUGGCCACAGCCAUGUUGCAUGCACUGUACUUUCUCUUGUCACUACUGUUGGCAAUACCUACUCCCACCCAUGCCUGGUCACGGCCCCUCUGGUAUCAGGUGGGGUUGGACUUGCAGCCCUGGGGGUGCCAGCCAAAUAGCCUAGACUCUUGCAGGAGCAGCUUGGGCUGUCCGAACGGUUGGGUGGGCCUGGGAGGGAACCGCAUCUACCCUGUGGCUGGGGUCAUGAUUACCACCACCAUGAUGCUGGUGAUCAGCCGUGCGAUGCUGCAGCGGUGGCGUUCACAGGACACUAAGGGUAAGCACCCACAGGUGACCACUAGUUGCUACGGACCUUGGAAACGGCGAACUCCAAUUUCAGAUCGUGCCCUACUCCUUGGGGUCCUUCACAUGCUGGAUGCCCUCCUGGUCCAUAUUGAGGGCCACCUGCAGCGUCUAGCUACCCAAAAGCGAAUUCAAAUAAAGGGGACUCCCACCUAGUGUGGGUGAUCCAGCACAUUUCUCUCUGCCUGCUGGCCAGCCAGGGUGACGAUAGUCUGAGUUCCCUGGCUGGGACUCAAGCCUAUGCAAAUGUUCUCUCUGGGCCUCUCUGUGGCCCCUUUUUACUCUUAGAACCAGCAGGUCUGUGGAGUCCAGGAACUGACAAAGUGCCUGUGGAAGAGUGGGUAUGGGGAAGGUUACUCCCAGUGGAGAUCUCAGUCUGAGUAAAGGCCAUAUGCUGUGUUUGGUAUUCCAUGCUUGUUGUCAGGAUGGGUAGUGAUCAGUGGUGGAGAGCAUAAAGUGCCAAGGAAGGGUCCAGGCUUUUCCAGUGCACAUGGGGUACAGAGAAAAGGCCUGGUCAGCUGAGAAGAGUAGGAGGAGGGUAGUGAGGAGGCUAGAACCAGAUUCCAAUGGUCUCUAAUGGGAACUGAGACCCCAGUUACUGGGGGGCACCCACUCCUUUACUUCUUCCACCUUUAUCACCACCUCAGGAGAUCAGUAGGAGAGAUGUCCUCGUGACUUUUUAGUCUUGCCACCUGAAAGCAGCUGGCUUUGGUUUCCUUCUUCCCUGGACUUGCAAGGCCCUACUCCAAGGGGGUCACUGCUGAGUCUCCUAUAGCAGCCACUCUCCAGAUCCUUGGCACCUGUUUGGCUCCCCACUCUCCUCCUCCCCAGCUUGGGCCCGAUAAUAUCAAACUGGAGCCAAGUAGGCAGUUUUUGUGGCCACCUCAAACAUGCUCUGAUACCUGAGUGCCCUUGCUCCAAGGCCCCUAGAAGAAGAAUGAGGGUCGGACCUCCCCAAAGAGACUUACCCCUUUUCCCACCUAUCAAAGGUGAUCCAGGUGGAGUUGGGCCUGAGACACAUGCAUUUUGGGGGUCUCUGUUUUAGAAAAACAAUAUGCUAUUGCAAAUUGAACAUUGGGAACAACAACAAAAUUGAACACUAGAAACAAAUGAAAAAGGCUGGGGAUUUAGCUCAGUAGUAGAGCAUGUGCAUGAGGCCCUGGGUUCAAUCACCAGCACUGAAAAAAUAAAUAAAUCAAUCAAUCAUUAAAAAUGGUUUUAG